AUGCCUUUGACUAUCUUUGCCGAAGAGAAUGCUAUCGCAGCGGGUUCUCAGCCCGGUGAGCCUGAGUGUAAGAAACUUAAGCUUGACCAGUUGCAUGAAAAAAUGAUUAAAUAUGGUGAUGCCAUCAAGAAGCCGUGGCCGAAACUCCAGGACGAGGAUCGCAACCUUGCCAUCAACAAGUGGUUGCAGAUAGUGCUUAAGGCCCCCAUGUGCUUCAUGGUGGCCAGGAACUACUUUGAAUCCAGGACUUUGGGGUUCAGCUCGGGUUCUCUCUCGCAUAGCAUAGCGGAGUGCAUGUCCACCAAGGCAUCCAGUACCUUGCAUACGCGUGCCAACCACUUCCUCAGGUUCAUCUUGUGGACCACGAAGCAAGGUGUUGUUGCCUUGCCGCUCACCGAGCCUGUUGUGCAUCACUACUUCGUGACGACCGCGGCAACCGCGGCCCCCACAGCCUUCAGGAGUUUUCUUUCUUCGGUUGGCUUCGCGAAGUUUGUGGUCGGGCUAGGGUCGGCCGAUGCAGUGCUCAUGUCGGGCAGGGUUGUCGGCCUAUCGGCUAAAGCUUACAUGGAUAAGAGACCCCUGUGCCAGAGGGAGCCGCUCCUUGUUGCCGAGGUUGAGAGGCUCGAAAAGCAAGUUCUUGAUGAAGAGAGAGGUAAGCCUGACCGCGUUGCAGCUGGCUACUUUUUGUUUCUGACUUUCGGCAGGGCUAGAUACAGCGAUGGGCAGCGUGUCACUCGACUUAAGCUUUCUGCGUGUGGCAAGUACCUUGAGGCGGAGGUUGCGCGCUCGAAAUCCAGCAUGUCGCUGGAAAGGAAGACGCGACUCCUUCCUGUCACUGCAAAUGCUGAGGGCAUCCUGGGCUCCGGCUGGGGCCGAGUCUGGUUCGGUCUCCUCGCCUCAGAAGGCAUCACUUCUGGGAACAACAGGUCCCUUGACACCGUGCUUGGAAAGAUUCGCCAGCGAUCCUUCAGGCCGGACGCUCCAAGAGGAGAGCAGUUUCAGGACGCCGAUGCUGCUGCCGCGCCGGCAGCAGCCCCUGAAGAUGAGUGCGGAGUAGGAGACAUGGUGUCUAGCUCGGAGGACAGUGCCGAUGAGGAGCACCCAGACCGAGAGCUCGACGAGGCUGCCGAAGCUGAGGCCCUGGGACGUUGGCAUGGCAGAGUCGACUUGGCGAAGCUUGGUGAGUCCCCUCAGUUUUAUAGACACACUUUAUCUAGGGUCUUGCACUUGCUCGCAGAAGAAGGUGGAACUACCUUCAAGUGUGGGCGCACCAUUACGGCUGCAUAUGAGAACUUGGUUGACAUGCCAAGAGUUUUGUAUCCUCGGUGCAAGCAAUGUUUCCGCUCUAUGCUGCAGGCCUAA